AUGGACGCACCACUCGCUGGCGAACGUAUUGCAGAGGAGAAAGCGUUUGCGGCGCGCUACGUCUCUACCAUUGACGCGCGGCCCGUCGAGUAUCCCUCCGACUAUGCGCCGCCACUCGAGGGGCGUCCUCGCAAGACGGCGGUACUGCACACGCCCGUCAUUGCGCCGCCCGAGGUCGCGGACGCUGAGGGAUCGCAGGACGGCUCCAUCAACGUCACGAUCAAGAGCCUCAAGCCGGCCCUCCAACUCACCCUCACCGUCUCCCUCUCUGACUCGGUUGCGGACCUGAAGAAGGCCGCAGCGGCUGCCGGCGCUCCCGCGCCAGACCUCCAGCGCCUCCUGCUCAAGGGUAAGGCGCUGGCCGACGCCAAGCUCCUCAAGGAGUACGACAUUCCCGAUGGGGCGGUUAUCAACCUCCUCGCCAAGGCUCCAUCCCCAUCUGCUCCAGCGCCGUCCCAGAUUGCCCCCGAGCCUAUUAAGGGCAUGUCUCCCGGCCGCCCGUCGCACCUCCGCGCGCCGAGCCUCACGAUCACAACUACGGACGCUAUGAAUAUCGACGCUGACUUUGCGUCCGACGUCUCGCCCGAGCCACCUAGCCCUGUUAGCGGGGCCAACUUCCACCGCACGCUUAGCGCACCCGAUUUCUGGCACAAGGUCCACAACCUUUGCCAGGAUGAGUUCCGGAUUGAGGCUGAGGCCGAUACCGUGUUCGAUUGCUUCCUCAUGAGCGUUAAGAAUCGACUUAGUGCUAGCGAGACGGCCAAGAUUCGCGACGAGGUUGGCGUCACUGGUAUGGGUGGUGGCGUGUAG